UUGCCGCCGGUGCUACAGUUGGGCAUUACCUCCGGUUUGAGGUACUGCACGCGCGAAAGUAUAAAAGAGCAGACGCCUCCAGAGGAAGACGCAGUCACCCACCAGACUCCAGCACAAACCUCGUCUUCGCAGCUCCUCAUCCUCUCACUAUGAACGCCAUGUUUGUUGCGGUGAUCCUGGGAGUUGUGGCCGUCGCCAGCGCGACUACAGUACCAGCUGGCACCAGCAUCUACCAGCAGCCCCAGUACCAACCACUCCAACCUGGGGUGCAGUACCAGCCUGUGGUGCAGUCAGAACAGGUUGUGGGAGGCCGCGUCGUGCCUGGGGUGUACCCAGGCACUGUGGGCUCACACGUCUACACCUCAGGGAUCGUCCCCAGUGUCUACUCCUCUGGAAUCGUUCGUGGCGUCCACCCUGCCAACGCUGCCCCCACUGUAGGAGGGUCCUACCCUUACUACCCCACCGCCUGAGCUUCCAGUUCACAGAUUACCUGAACAAUUUCACUACGUCUUUCGCUGAUCCAUGAAUGACUGUGUAUGUCCAAAUUUGGUGAAUAAAUCUUUUCUCAGUGUCACUAUAA